AUGAUCCAAGCUAAACUAUUAAUCUUGGAUUUCAUUGAAUUAGUUCAAGAGAAAUUAAUAAAUUCAAUUGAAUUCAUUAGGACUCAACGAUCUUUAAUACGGGAAAAAGUGAUCUGGCAUUUGCAAAAGCAAUGUGAAAAUCUUUCAAAUAUGCUUAAAUCACUUCUGGAGGUAUUACAAAGUAUGGAAGAGAUGCAAACAAAAGAUGGUGACAAUAUGAAACUAUUAACAGCACGAAGCACAACGCUAACAGCAAAUGUACGACAAUUGCUAUCAACUGUACCAUAUGCAUAA